AUGCUGCGCCAAACAUGUUCUCAGUUGUUGCACGCCUGGGUGCCUUUAUUACUGGAGUGGUUCACCGCCAUGAACCCAGGUAUCAACUGCUCUGCUCUCCUUCCUAAGGGUCGCAACCUCGUGGUGAAAGAGCUUCUGUCAAAUUGUUCUGCCUUCUACUACGUCCAGCCUGCCGACACAUGCUCGUCCGUGGCUCAGUUUCUCAACAUCACCGAGAAGAGCCUGCAGCAACUCAACCCCAGUGUUAGCUGCUCCUCUCGCCUCCUUGCCUUCCGCUCCCUGUGUGUGGAGCGCAACCCAUCCAAGGCCAGGCCGAAAUGUGUGAAGGUGAAGGAUCUCGGCCGAGUGGUGGACUUCAAGCAGGUGGCGGCAUCCAAUGGAGUCACCAUGGUGGACCUCUGCAGGCUCAACCCCUGGAUCUCCUUCCGCGAUUCCCAGAGCAACAAGGGUAGUCUUUGUGUGGCUGCUUCCUAUGGGUAA